AGCUCUUUUCUCCCGCGCCUGAGCAGUGCUUCUUCCUGUCGGUCGCCAUGUCGCCGCGCAGCAGUCGCCGCACGGGCGCGCACCGGGCGCACUCGCUGGCCCGGCAGGCGAAAACAAAGCGGCGGCGCCGGGACUUGGAUGAGAUCCACGCGGAUCUGGAGCCCGGGCGGGCUGCCCGGCUGCUGCGCCAGGAGCCCGACCCCGACCUGCCGGGCUGUGCCCAGUUCUACUGCCUGCACUGCGCGCGCUACUUUGUGGACCUGACAAGCAUGAAGGAGCACUUCAGAUCCAAGGUGCAUAAGAAGAGGCUGAAGCAGCUGAGUGAGGAGCCCUAUACACAGGAGGAGGCCGAGCGUGCUGCUGGGAUGGGCUCCUACAUCCCUCCAAAGAAGGUCCAUGUGCAAACCCAGCCCCUGGAUGAAGUCGUUGAGAUGGAGGCAUCCAGCUGAGGGUCCCUUUGCUACUGUGCUGCUGAAAGGACUCUUUGUUCAGCUCUUUGCCAGGCGCUAAUGAGGAGAAGCAGCCAGUGUGCUCCUGGGUGCCCUGGCUGCGUCCCCAUUCCUGGGGGAAAAGAAUGGGUAGCUGUGCAGUGUUCUACUCGUCUCUUUGCUUUCAGAGGUGCCUCUGCUGGAGUCAGAGGUUGAGUUACCAUUAAAAUAUGUCAACCAAA